AUGGCACCGAAAAUACCCGUGAGGUGCUGGGCAUCAAUACCCCGACCUUCAAGAGCACCCUCAGCGCUCAUCGCCGGCAUACAACACCCCCAACCGACAUCGCUAGCCUUCCGACCAGCCCUCUCCGUCGUCGCGCAAACCACCCAGACGCGCGGCGUCAAGUAUGGCUGGAGCACGCUCCCGAAACGGUCGAGCUUCCAGAUAAAGUACAAUUCGGGCAACGGCCUGCCAGAGCCAACGACAUCCCCGGCGGCGGCACAGAAGCGCAAGGAGCGUAACACGCCCCUCCGGACGGGCAUCCUGGCCACCAAGAAGGGCAUGACGGCCUAUUACACGCGCAACGGCAAACGCAUGGCCUGCACGGUUCUGCAGGUCGAAGAGUGCCAGGUCGUGUCGCACAAGACGCGCGAGAAGCACGGCUACUGCGCCGUGCAGCUGGGCUGCGGGUCAAAACGGCCGGCCAACGUCACGGCGCCGGAGCUGGGGUACUAUGAGGCCAAGGGGAUCCCGCCGAAGGCGCACCUCGUCGAGUUCCAGGUGCUGGACGAGAAGGGGCUGGCGCCGCCUGUCGGCGUGCAGCUGCUGCCGGACUGGUUCCACAAAGGACAGUGGGUGGACGUCAGGGCGAACUCGAGGGGCUUCGGUUUCGCGGGUGGUAUGAAGAGGCAUGGGUUCAGUGGGCAGGAAGCCAGUCACGGUAACUCGAAAAAUCACAGGACGAUGGGUAGCGUUGGCCCGUCACAGGGAAGCGGUUCGAGGAUCCUGCCCGGCAAAAAGAUGCCCGGGCGGAUGGGCAAUGAGAGGGUGACGAUGCAAAACCUGGCGGUCCUGCGGGUGGAUAACGAUUUGGGUAUCAUCGUGGUCAAGGGGUGUGUGCCAGGACCAAAGGGUGCGUUGGUCAGGGUCUCGGACGCCGUCAAGCAGGACCCACCGCCGCAGGAGUUCAUCGACAGGAUGAACCAGGCGCUGAACGAGCGAUUCCCCAACGCCGAAGAAGACCUUACUGAGGCGCGGAAGAUGCACAUGGAGCUCAAGCAGAUGAGGAGAGAGGGCAGGAUAGCCGAGGCUGUUCAGAUGGGUCUACAUGAGACCGCUGAGGAGGCCGAGACACCAAUCGUAGUGUAG